GCUUUGUACAGUCAGAAGAAUAUUAUUCUCCAGUUUUGUUGCGUGAAUUUUAAGUUUUGCUCAUUUUUUCUACAAAAGUAAAAAAUUGCACCUUUGAGCUCAUUAACAGUUUGUGAGUCAAAGGCAAAGAAAGAGAAAACAGAUAAGACAAAAUAGAAAAACCAGUAAUUAGUAGAACUGAAUCAUUAAUUAUAUAAAUUAAAAAAUGUGCAUUUAUGUGUAAAUUUUGUAAAAGAAGACAAUAACACAUCUAGUGGAACUAAAAUAAAAAAUAAAUUCGAACGUUAAAUAUAAAACAAUUCCUAUUAUCAAGAAAAGUGUGAAAUAGUUUGAAUUUAGAACAGGCAUUCCAUAAAGUGUUAUUUGCAAACACAAACUAAUUAUCAUUUACAGGCGAUAAAUAUUUAUUGCAUCAGUGCAUUAGCAGUUGUGCAAAAAUUCUCUCUCCAUAAUAAGUUUUUAGUUAUUUUACAUUUCACAUUACGAAAAAUAUAACUCGGAUUAAUAGUGUGCUAUACAUUUGAUCGAGCAGGAGAGAGACGGAGAUAUUUUAUUGCAAAGACACGUGAUAGUUAAAGAUUGUGAAAAAUUAUUAGUCAGUAAUCAGCUUUAAUUGAUUAACCUGACGAUAAAUUAAUUAAUUCACAAUUUAUUCAACGUGCAACAUUGAGACUAAAAUACAAUAAUAAUUAAAAGCGAAGAACAUCAAAAAGCCAUCAUUAAAUUAAAAUAUAUAAAGUUAAAAAAAAAUAUAAAGUGUUUUAUAAUUAAAUCUCAAAAUUCUCAACAUCGAUCGACUGCAUUCUUUUCAUCAGCCCAGUAUGGGCAUAUCAGAAGACACAAAGCUGGAGGAUAUACCGAGAGAAGGGCGCUCGCCACAAGACAGAUCGAGUGCGACAACAAGUCUCGGUGGUCAUAGUCCGAUGUCUGAUCACAGUGAUGUUGAUUUAGACAAUGAAUAUCCACAAAAACGGAAACAACGUCGCUAUAGGACGACAUUUACUAGUUUUCAAUUGGAAGAGCUUGAAAAGGCAUUCUCACGAACUCAUUAUCCCGAUGUUUUCACGAGAGAGGAACUAGCGAUGAAGAUUGGAUUGACUGAAGCACGAAUUCAGGUUUGGUAUCAAAAUCGUCGAGCUAAAUGGCGAAAGCAAGAAAAAGUGGGUCCUGCUGCUCAUCCGUAUAAUCCCUACUUGGCAUCGGGAGGUACACCUGUUCCAUCAGCCUCGGUUGUUGCAAGUUCAUUACCUCCAAAUCCAUUUACACAUUUAGGAUUCAACUUAAGAAAGCAAUUUGAUGCUGCAAGUUUAGCUGCAUUUCGUUAUCCUCAAUUGAGUGGAAAUCCAAUGGUUCCAUCAGCUUAUUUUAAUCAAUUUCAUCGUGCACCACCACCACAUCUUCUUCAUCCUGGUAUGGGUGGUCUUUAUUCACCUGCAAGUGCAUCAUUUCAAACUCUACUAGCAAAUAUAUCUGCAGCUCAACGUCCACCAACACUACAACAGUUCUCAACAAAAUCUCCAUCUGAUUAUUUAUCAUCGAUUCCUGUAAGUUCUGCACUCUCAGUGUCGCCACCAAUUUCACCAACCGAUUCAAAUAAAUCAUCAACUUCAGCACCAUUGACUCCAAUUAAUGUCUCAUCACCAGCUUCACAAAUAUCACCAAAUUCCUCAGUUGCUGCAACUCCAACAGUUCACAACUCAUCGCCACCACCAGAAGAUCGUCGAAGUUCAUCGAUUGCAGCAUUACGUCUGAAAGCACGCGAGCAUGAAAUGCGACUUGAAAUGAUGCGUCAAAAUGGACACGACGUUUUAAGCAAUUAA